AUGAAAAGUCCGCACUUCGUGAUGGUGGGUGCCUCGAGACGCGAGUGGUCGCCGCAUCGUGCAUUGUGCGCGUACGAGCACGUCAGGGCGUCAGGGACGCGUCACAGCGGGAGCGAACAAUGCCUCCGCAACAAGCGCACGACACCCGCAUUGUUCGCGGGGAAAACAUUGCCUCACAUUCAGCACUACGUACGACACGCUUCCUGUUAC